GAUGUUGACGGCAUCGACAUGCCUACUUUCAGUCUGUGUUGAACACGUCGCGAGGUAUGGCGCACCGUGUUGUAGUUUAAUGCAACUUUUUUCUGCACAAGAGAUAGUUCGAUGCUAGCGGCUACUAACUUUUCUUCUCUGCAGAGACACUUUGCUAGUGAUCAGACCAGGAAGGCAUACACAGCAUUGAACGAGCAGUUCGAUGCGUACACCGGGGUCAUCUGGCAGCCCUACACGGAAGCAGCCAUACAAGCGAGAUACCCUGGUGGUAUGUCUGUGCUAUGCACAAGGGACCGAGAUUACUGGAUGACAAAAUCUAAGAUCAUCUUCGAUGUCUUCGUCGAGGAGAUGGCACAACAGAGGGUUAUGAGGCAAUUUGGUCUUCUGCAGUUGGAGCUACCUCCCCCUAUAGAGAACCCGGUGCCAGCACACAUCCACAGGACGACAAGGAAGGGCAUGACCAGGACUACUGCUGACUGGCUAGUUAGACUAGAGCCGUAUGUUAUAGAAUGGGAGACAGCAAACACAAAUCUAUGGCACGAGAAUCACAAUUUCGAUCUCGAUGAAUUCAAUCUCUAUUUGCGGCGCUACAUGACCGGAACACGGUUACGCAUUGUUGAGUACUCCCACCCAGAGGAGAUACCAGAUCCUACUCCGUCGGAUAUGUACCCGAGCUAUGAUACUUCGGGCUCUAGGCAGUACGCGGCUACCUUGACACGCGAACUCUACGACGACGUGACCACCUUUGGACGAUCACUAUCGUCUGGACCUCUUCUUCAGCAUCGUCCAGUGCUACAACCCUUCUUUGAAAGAAUUCAGAAUAAGAUACGGACUGUGUACGAGGCUAUCACGUGCACCCGGAGAACCGAUGUUGUUCAGCACCAGCAGGAGCAGCCGCGUCACUCCAUGCACCGACAUCAACCACAUCCACGUCUAGCACAUCAGCCGACAACCAGGCCACCCCGUCCUGACCAACCUGGCAGUUCUACGUGGCACCCGCAGCACUAUGGUCCCACGUCGAGCUUCGUGUUUUCUCCACAGCCACAGCAACACGGUCCCUUGUCGAGCUUCGUGUUAUCUCCAUAGCCACAGCAGCACGGUCCCUCGUCCAGUUUCGUGUUUGAGCCAGAGCAG